UUUUACAGCGCAGAGGACAAGCAGGGUCUCAGGCAGAGGAGAGUCUCCAGAAGAGGAGAGUUCAGACACGGUGAUGCCGCCACUCUGUGCUGUUCUUGUGCUUUUCAGCAAAGUCUAUGGUCUGCUUGGGAAUAUAAUUCAGCCUGACGCGCUGGUGAGAGCUCAGCUUGGAGACACUGUGACUCUCCCAUGUCUCUACCCUACAGAGGACGGGCCGAGUGUCAGCUGGUUUAAGCAGCCUCUUGGACAGAAGCCUCGGCUUAUGGUAAUAAAAAUGAACUCUGUAUCAGAUGCUAUAUUUUUCGAUCAGUUUAAAAACAGCACACGCUUCAGUGCUAAAGCAGCGGAGGGGAGAUUUAACCUGACUGUGUCAGGAGUAGAGCCGUUGGAUUCUGCAACAUACUACUGCGCUCUUACAGUCGUCAGAGAGCUCAGCUUUGGAAAUGGAACCACUUUAAUGGUGACGGAUUCAGAGUCACACGGCAGGACAGUAGUACUGCAGCAGCCCGAGUCUGAGUCAGUGCAGUCAGGAGACUCUGUGACUCUGCAGUGUACAGUACAGACUGAGACCUGUGCAGGACAACACAGUGUGUACUGGUUCAGACAGAGCACAGGAGAGUCCCCUCCAGGAAUCAUUUACACCCAUGGAAACAGGAGUGAUAAGUGCCAGAGGAGCUCUGGGGCUGUGUCUCCCACACAGAGCUGUGUCUACAACUUCCCCAAGAGGAACCUCAGCCCCUCUGAUACUGGGACUUACUACUGUGCUGUGGCCACCUGUGGGGAGAUCCUGUUUGGGAAUGGGGCCAAGCUGGACAUUGACCGGAAUGAAGCUUUGCCUUUUUAUUGCAUGGCGGGAGCUUUGGCAUUGAGUGUGAUCCUAAAUAUUGUCCUCGCUCUGAAAAGGAGAAAGAGCUGUGAGAAUUACAAAGGAGCUGCAUCAAACAACCAAGUGCCGGGAGAAGACUUGUUGAGCGGACAGUGUCGAGAUGAAGCAAUGAAUUACGCUGCUUUGACUUUCACCACCAAGAAACCCAAAGAGAGGAGGAACAAGAGGGAAGUGGAGAAAGUAACUGUUUACUCCGAUAUGAGAUUUAGAGAUCGCGAGUGAAGCUUUCCAUAAAAAUUUAUGUUCAUCACAAGAAUGAUCACAAUUUAUCAACUAUUCCCUUGCCAGAAUUGGUGAACAUAAUAAUAUGGGGCUGCAAAUGAUACAAACGUUCUGGAAUUGCCUUUCCUAAACCCAGAGCCUCUUCUCUCAUUUAAACAUUGGACCCAACAUACAUGUUUGCAAAAUAAAUCUUUUCAAUUUUAAAAGAUAUUGUUUCAAGAAAUAUGUAUGAACCACUGAAUAAACUAUAAACUGCAAAUUACUGAAGAAUUACCUAUGCAACAAUUCAAAUGUUCAAUUCUCAUUUUACAUUUACAUUACAUUAUAGGCAUUUAGCAGACGCUCUUAUCCAGAGCGACGUACAACAAGUGCAUAGGUUUCAUGAUGUAGA